UACAGGUUUAAUUUGUGCAGUCUCUUUCUCUCUCGCAUAACUAUUACUAGCACAUUUUCAGUUGCGGCGGAGAGCGCGGCGGCUUGAAAGAGACACAUGGGAGCCCUCGCUCCGGUCGCUUCCUGGACUUCUGAUGAUGACCUGUUGCUCAAGAACGCUAUCGAGACUGGUACGUCCUUGGAAUCACUUGGUAAAGGAGGUGUUCAGUUUUCUCGGAAAUUCACCUUUCAAGAGCUAAAAGAUCGAUGGCUUUUCCUAACUUCUCAUGCAAAUGUUUCUGUCGAGGCAUCUCCUGACAUUGCGGAGUUUUUGGACUCACCUUCUGCUUUAUCACCAAAACCACAUAUCUUGGCAGAUAAAGUAGAAAAAUCUGUACAACGUAAGAGGCUGAAUGAAAGUCUGCCAGAUUGUUACAAUCCUAUGCUUAAACGAGUCAAAAGUAGCAUUGUUGAAAAUGGAGACAACCCUCAUUUGACAGACCAUGGAGAAGCAAAUCAAGAUCAUAUUAAUUGUGUGACAUCUAAUUGUGAAUCUGUUCACCAGAACAUGCCAAAUCUUGAGACGGUUAAUGCCUCUACUGCAAAUGCUACUAAUGUUUCUAUAUCCUGCAACUCCAUCGAGGCAUUUGAGGAGAAUAGCUAUUUUGUGGCCAAGGAAGUGGUCACACCAAGUGGCAUGCUGAAUUUAGAGCUAAAUGAUGUUCGCUGGUGUAAGACAGAAAUCCCAGUUAAAUCUGACCAGAUGAGUAUAAGUAAUGCUGAAAGUGACUUUAGUUCAUCCAUGUUUCCCCAGAUUCCAAUUUGGAAUACAUCCCAAAGCAUUUUUGAGACAGCUUUGCCUGAAGGAGUUCAAGUUGAAGGGCAAGAUAGAAAUGCAGUGAACUCUGCUGAUUUUUCUACUGAUGCCAUGGAUCGCAUUCCAUGUCAUAACAAGGAGAUUUUGGCUCCAAGCACUGAUGAGCAUGUUGUGGGAUCAUCUGCUUCUUGUCUGGACUUGAGUGGGUUGGAAGAAUUUCUUUUCACAGAUAUCGACGGAAAGGACAUAGAUAAUAUUCCUGACUUGGACUCAUUCUUGUCCGAUUUUGCUUGGGACGUAAACGUUGCGAAGGUUGAACAGUCCAGUCUUCUUGGAGGUGGCACGUCUCCUGGGAAUUUUGUCAAGGAUGAGCAACAUUUGAUCUGCUCUUCAGAAGCCCCAUUUUUACCAUCUAUUUCAGCUGCACAUCCUGGGUUACCUACAUGUUUUCCAGAUGCCCAUAUGUUGCCAUCUCCACCAGAUGCAAAUGAUCCUGAACAGAUAUCUUGUGCUCCAGAAGCCCCAUUGUCACCGCCUGUACCAGCCGAAAAUUCUGAAUUACCUAUAUCUUGCGUCCCAAAUGCCCAGAUCCUACCAUCUAUACCAAAUGUAGAUCAUGAUCUUCCUGGACUGUGCAAUGGAAUUGUUUGCUGUGUUCUAAACACUGAGGAUACGGAAAUUCCUUGCAAUGAUGAUGCUCUUAUCAAACCAUCAUCGCGGCCUCCCUCUAGUUCCUCAAGGAAAAAUUGCCAAGUUAGAGGUCCAAAGACAACUAAUAGAGCUGAAAACAUGGAAAAACCAAGUCCACCUCGCGACACUAUACAAUCACAAAUCUUAUCCGACUUGGGGAUAAACCUUCCAUUCAUUAGUCGGGGAUGAACCUUCCAUUCAUUGGUCGCGGGGCCUAAAGACGUGUCCCAAUUUUUGUAGAGAAAAUGGAGAGGAGGCAAGACUAAACUUGAUAUCCAGAAGAGUUUUAGAGAUGUACAAAUAAAAUUUUGAUACAAGUUUCACCAAAGGAUUAUGAGCACUUCAGAGUCCGGUUAUGUUUUCACCCUUACAUUGCUGCAUCAGUCAUUACUCACAGUAAUGCAUUCAAGUUUUGAGGAAGUGAAUGCUUUUAGAAGAUAAAUUUAUACUUUAUACCGAAAGUUUUGGUUUAUACAUUUUUGAAACUUGAAAUCUUUGUCAAGCAUCAGGGAAAAGAAACCUUUGUUUCGUUUAGAGUCCAUACGGAGCACUUGUUAUUUGCAUGUGACAACAGAAUUUAUCUCAGAAGCCUGGGCAGUGAGCAACCAUCUAUGAUCUUCCUGGGUAUCAUGGAUAUAUUGGGAUUUUCUGAGGUGUAGAACAUAUUAUUUUGCUAAUAUGUUCUGCAUGACUGAAAUUUGAUUUUUUCGGGUUUUGAUAUUAAUAAAAUUUCUUCAAAAGAGACAAGCAUUUUCAAUUUUGGGACGGAAUAUCCAACCUGAUGCCAAAUUUCGGUUGGUAAGACUUUGGCCUUCAUUUUAUAUUGAAUUAUUGAUGAUGAAUAUUGAAGUAGUCAUGGGUCUUGACAUAAAAUAUACAAUGCAUAUUUCGAUAUCUUAAAUCUUGGCAAAGUGAUCACAUCUUUACUCCAAUCUCAAACUUGAGAUCUCUGCGAUAUAUUAUAGUAAGAAUAAAAAAUAGUUGGGGACCUGUCAUUUAGAUCCUGGAUAUAUCUAUUUCAGUGCAGCUUUAUGAUUGCUUAAGAUUU